UAUAUAAAUUUAAUUAUGGAGUAAUAUAUUGAUCACGAACUUACAAUCCAACAAUUCUUCAAGUAGCAUCAAUUGACAUCACCUUUGCUCUCCCAACUCAAAAGGGAGUUCGGUAUCAUCAAGCAUCCCACAUUUAUAAUGAAUAAUUUGCUCCAAGUAAUUCUAAUAGCAAUUAUGUAGAUCAUCCAACACAAAAAACAUUUAACCUGCAUCGAAGCACCCAAAUAAAGUGGAAGAACUAUGUCAUGUCUUUUGAUUAUUUUGGAUUAAUUUUUAAAAUCUUUGGAUCACUUUACUCCAGACGAAGAAGUAAGAAUUAACCACAUUUAUCAUAGAAUGGAUAUUAUUUGCUCAUUACCUCAGCAAGCAGAGAAUAAUCAGCACAUUGCAAAUCCGUAGUUCAAAAAUUGUUAGACAAUUAUCCUUAAGAAAUUGCCUUACUUGAUAUUAAUUCACAAUUUCCCCUAAAUGCAAAAAGUACUUAUUUCUGCUAAUAAUAAAUAGACGAUCAAUACAAUAUUGUCUUGCCUCCUGUAACUUAACCGUCUAUUUUGUUUGCCACCUAUUAUUCUGUGAGUAAACUAAAGGCAAGUGGUAAGGUUGAUAAUAAAUGCUUCUAAUUUGCUUUAUUUGAUGAUUGCAACCUAGCCACUCUCUAUGGUGGAUAACACUAAUUGGAAACAGUUUCUAAGUGGAUUUCCAAGAAUCAAUUCACAAUUUAUGUUGGAGAUGAAAAAUUGAUUGAAGUUAUACUUGGAAAGGCAAUUACAGUUGCCAAAAUUGAAGAGGAUUAGGAAGAGUAAGAAUAAGAAGAUAGAGUAGUUUAAUAAACUAAAAAUGAAUUGCCCAAUUUGUUUUACUAUUUUUAUUCAGACUUUACAUAAUAAUAGAUAGUUCUUUAUAUCACUUUGAAACUAAACCUUGUCUAAGGAAAGACACUCAUAAUAGUAUAAAAUUUGUUUGAGAUUUAUUAUUUACAAUUACUUUUUUAAAGAUGUAAUAUCGAAAGAUAUCAAAUUUAUAACCAUGAAAACCCAAAAACCCUUAAAUAUUAUACCUUGUCAACUUUCAAUACUGGAGUUAUCUAAAUACUUGUAGCUACUGCAAAUGUCUUUUUAGAUUUGGAGAAUGAAUUCUUUGAAAGAACCAAGUAACAAACUAAAAAAUCCAAAUAACCUUACACUUUAAAGAAGUUAGAUAAUAUCAUUCUAUAUAAUUUAUUGCCCAACGAAUUGCCUUAUUAAAUUUUAAAAUCUGUGAGCAAUACUGUGUGUAUAGCUUCAAAUAAUGAAUAAAAUGUUGAAACAGUAAUGUAAUUUGUAAACGCUGAAUACAAUAAUGUUAAUUGCAAAGAAUAUCCAAUAAAAUAAAAUGAAAUCGAGGCAUUCCGUUAUCGUAUAGAAGAUACCACCAAAAAUAUAUCUAAAUAUUAGGUUAAAAUGGCAGAGCAAAUAGAUUUCAAAAAGAAGAUGAUCAAGUCACCAGAUCUAGUGGAGUACUUUUAAUAGAAUUAGAAAGAGAAGGAAUUGUUGUAGGAUCAAAUCGUAUAAUUAAAGAAGAAGUUAAAUAGAUCUGCAAUAUAAUUGCCAUAAGGUAUCAAUAUAAAUUCAUGUCUUAAGGUCCUGUACCCGAAUAUUUGUUACCAGAAUUCAUCAAGAAGUAAAGGAAAAUGUAGGGAGAUUAAUCUAAGGUCAAAGUGCUUGUGAGAGUUCAUGAUUAAACGAAUGAUAAAUUGAUAAGGAAGAGACGAUUGUUGAAUGAUGAAAUGAAUAACAAUAUGUUACCUGAGUAGGAAGAGAAACCUAAGACAAAGAAACCUGAGAAUUAAUAUGUUACAAUCAAUUAAGAAGACGAAGAUCCUGAAUUAGUUGAUUCAUCUCGUCUUAGACCCAUAAGUGGUAAGAAAAUAUGGAAGAUGAAACAUGGAUUCAAAUUGAAAAAGAGGAACAAGAGAUUGGAAAAGAAGGGAGUCUUCACUACCUGA